GGUCCGUCGAAUGAAAUUGAAGAGGAGUUGUCUGGUUACAAUAGUGGAGAUGAAUACAUCCCAACAGCUCGCAGUGAUAAUGAAGAAGAGAUAGUUUUUAUAUUCCAGCUUGAGAGGUGGUUUGAAGCAGCAUUAAAAGAAAAGAAAGGUUUUCUCAUAAAGAAAAUGGGUGAAGAUGGUGCUUGUUUGUUCCGCUCAGUUGCUGAUCAAGUUUAUGGAGAUCAAGAAAUGAAUGGAAUUGUUAGAAAACACUGUAUAGAUUAUAUGUCUAAAAAUAGUGAUUUCUUCUCGCAAUAUGUGACCGAAGAUUUUAUAACUUAUUUAAAUCGUAAACGCCAUGAUCAUUGUCAUGGUAACCAUUUAGAGAUGCAGGCAAUGAGUGAAUUGUUUAACAGAAGAGUUGAAGUAUAUCAGUAUAGUUUAGAACCAAUUAAUAUAUUCCAUGGAGAUGGAACGUAUACCGAGAAUGAACCAAUCAGGAUCAGCUAUCAUCGUAAUGCCCAUUAUAACUCUAUAAUAGACCCUUAUAAAGCUACUAUAGGGGUGGGGCUAGGAUUACCAGGAUUACAACCAGGGUUAGCUGAGAAUAAUUUAAUGAAAGAUGCCAAAAAACAGUCUGAAGAUUAUCAUCUAGAGAAGGCCAUGUUGGAAGAUAAGAUGAGAGAAACUGAUUGGGAGUUAACUCAAGAUACUAUAGAAGAACAGGUUGCCAGGGAAUCCUAUUUACAAUGGGUACAGGAACAAGAGAAGAAAGCUCUCAAGAAUGAACCAAAAUCAGCAAGUGCCACAUGUAGUUCUUCUAGUGCUUACAAUCAUUCGUUUGAAACCAGUACAUCUACAGAACCUCCUCGGAACCGAUCACCACGACUACGCUCAGCUAAUAAUUCUAAUCAGAACAGUCCUCAGAGAGUUGAAUUACUAGAAACACCAGCUACUGGCUUACAAGAUGAUUUCUCCAUGUCCCUGGGAGCUUUACCCCUGGGGGGAAUGUCUGAUGGUGCCGUGGGAGGUUUUCAGGAAACUUCAUCAUUGAUGGAUGAUCUACCCCCAGAACUUUACGGUUUAUCUGAUUAUGAUGAUAAUGAUAUUCUAACACAAGUUAUAGCUCAGUCUCAACAGGAAUAUCUUGAUAAUCUAAAGAAGAAUAAA